UUUCCUAAAUUGGGGGGGGGGUCGUCUUAUAAUCGAGCAAAACCGGUAACUAUAAAUAUGUUUAUAUAGUAGCAUUUUCUGUUUGUUCUCUAAUUUGACCUAAACUUGAUGCGUUUAGAGGAACUUUCCAAGCUGAUGGAGUUGAUGAGUAAACAUUUUGCCGCAGUGCCGCCCGUUCCCAGCUUCACGCCUGCUGUUGGCCAGGUCUGCAGCGCCCAGUGUGCAGAGGACAGGUGCUGGUAUCGAGCUAAAAUCCUGGAGAAGAGGUCACAGGAGGCUUUACUGGUCGAGUACAUUGAUUUUGGAAACGUGGAAGUGUUGCCCCUAUCGAGCCUACGACCCAUUCAGAGCAAUAUGUUGAAAUUGCCGUCACAAGCCAUAAAGUGCAGCUUGGCAGGUUGGGACUCUUUCUUACACUACGCACGGCCAUGUUGGUAAAGGAACGUUGUAGUAAUAAUUUUUUUUGUAAAUCCGGCUCAUUAUGUGUGCAGGUGUAAAGCCGCGAUUUAAGAGAUGGACUGGAGAAACGUAUGCUGCGACAGCGUCUUUGGUGGCCAACGACGUUGUGACAGUUGAAGUGGUCGGGCAGACGAAAACAUCUUUCGUAGUGGAAGUGGCUGACAGGCACCCGACUGGCAGGGCACGCAAAACAGAGACCAGCCACGCUACACCUACCGGCAAAGGGCAAA